UCUUUUUCUCGCGGGUCUCGCGUAAGUUGAAAAAACAGGAAACGUCGUCGUGACUAAAACCCUAGAUAUGCGAAAAGUCGGGGACCGUUGGGGUUUUAGCUUGUAGUUGUACUUGCUGCUUCAGUUCAAAAUUCAGUAAAAGAUAACAAAGAAUGGAAAUUUCUGAAAGUAAGCCCCAAAUCGAAUUAUCUGAAAACCCUAGAGCCACCUGGGACGGUUGCUCCGUCUUGCUCGACAUCAACGACGGCGACCGUCUGGUUUUCGCCCGCCUCUCUGCCGGAGCGAAAGUGAAAAUUGGGAAUAAGAAUUGCUCUCUGCAGCCCUUGAUUGGCUGCCCCUUUGGCUCUUUCUUUCGGGUCGAAAACGGAGCUGAAGGCCCGUAUUUGGCCCGCUACACUCUGUCCACGGAAGGUAAUAAUGUUCCCGAAAAAGGUGAAAUUCAAUCAGUAGAUGAGUUUAGAGAUAAUCGAGCAUUAGUCGAUAACAAUAAGGCGCAGAGCCUAACCGGUGAAGACAUUAACGCAAUCCGACAACAGGGUGCAACGGGUGAUGAAAUAGUUGAAGCUCUCAUUGCAAACAGUGCGACGUUUGAGAUGAAAACUGUUUUCUCACAGGAGAAAUAUAGGCUUAAGAAGCAAAAGAAGUAUGCUCCCAUUGUCCUUAUGAGGCGCCCAUUCACUAGAAGUAUAUGUGAGGCGUACUUAAAGAAAUAUCCGAAUAAAAUUGGAUUCUUGCGGAUGGAUACAUUGUCUCUUCUGCUUUCCAUGGCUAAUGUUUCUGCAAAUUCUGAUGUCCUCGUAGUGGAUAUGGUUGGAGGACUUCUAACUGGUGCCGUGGCGGAGCGUUUAGGAGGUAUGGGCUAUGUCUGCAAUACAUAUCUCGGUGGCUCGCCUUAUUCUAUGGAUAUAGCGAGGAUAUUCAACUUUGGAGAUGAAAUUUGCAAGAGGAUUGUGAAGUCUCCUCUCACUGACCUUUUAUCUUUCCAAAACGGACUGCCCAAACCAGUCAGUCAGGACACGGACUCCUGUAACAUGGAAUUUCGGCCAAAUGGCCAAAUUUUUUCAGCAGUCAGUACGGAAGAAGUAACUCUUACAUCUGAAAAUGUGAUAUCAGAACCUGUUCCCGAGUCUACCAGUUCUCCAGUAAUCAAAAUAUCCAAACCUGCAAAAUUGGGAGAAAAUGCACCACAGGAAAUCAUUAGCUCGUGGAAAGAAAAUGGUUUCUCUAGUUUAAUAAUAGCAGCACCGGAGCUGGAUGCAUGGGGCUUAGUUAAAGAGAUCUUGCCACUUAUGUCAAAUUCUGCUCCCUUUGCUAUUUUUCAACAGUAUCUUCAGCCUCUUGCAACAUGCAUGCACAAUUUACAGCAGGGGAAAAUGGCGAUUGGCAUGCAAAUUUCAGAACCUUGGUUACGUGAAUAUCAGGUACUUCCAUCAAGAACUCAUCCAUGCAUGCAGAUGAAUGGAUUCGGUGGGUACAUUCUCAGCGGGACCAAAAUUUCACCGAACUGAUUUGAAAGAACAAAAUCACUCCGCUGAGUUGCGACUAGUUAUAUGGAUGUUCGUAGGCAAAACCACUGCGUGCAAAAUGUACACUACUAGUUAUUCGUCUUUUGUUUAUCUGUAAACCUGCAAAUUUUUUUCUUGCAGGAUUUGCAAUCUAUGGGUCGUGGCUUAUGUGUAUCUGGGCCCCAAUGUUUAAGAUUUAGGAUUCGAAGGCCCAUAUUUGGCAGAAGCUCAUACUCUGCGAGCCAGUAAACCCAAAAAUUUGAAGAUUCGAUAACAUUAACAGUAUAGUUUCUAACGUGUUCAUAUUGUGUAGCAUGACAUGUAGUUUCUAACGCAGUGGUGGAUAUACAUUGGGGCUAAGAUGGUCUCAUGACAACCAAGAGUAUGAGAAAUAUACAUGUGAAGAUCUUUCGAUUGUUUA